GUUACCAUGAACCUCUUAUUGUCAUUUGAGUCUAUCUGCAUUCUUCUGCUUCUCCAAGUUUUGCUGGUGUUGGGUAUACAAGAAAUUCAUGCGGCCCAGGAGGUGAUUGUCAAGAUCUCAACUGCUGGCCAGUUGAUGCAGUGCUUAGGUUCAGUAGAUAUCCUUUUCCUCGUGGAUGGCUCCUACAGCAUUGGCAAAGAAAGCUUUGAAAGGUCAAAGCACUUUGCAGGCAAACUCUGUGAUGCUUUGGACAUCAGUCCAGACAGGGAGAGUGUCCAUGUGGGAAUGAUACAGCUUAGCUCAACUCCUCACCUUGAAUUCCCGCUGGAUUUGUAUCUAACUAAACAAGGAGUGAAAGAGAGAAUUAAGAAGACUGUGUUUAGCUCAUCCAGGUGUUUCCAAACAGUAUGUCCAGACCCUUGUGACUCCCAGCCAUGCCAGAAUGGAGGUAGCUGUGUCCCAGAGGGGCUAGACAAAUACCACUGCCGGGGCCUGGUGGGGUAUGGAGGAGACAUCCACUGCACACCAAAGGUGACCCUUGAGUGCAGUGUGGAUCUUCUUUUCCUCAUGGACAGCUCAGCAGGGAUCAUGCUAGAGGGAUUCCUAUGUUUCAAGGCAUUCCUAAAGAGGUUCCUUGAAGCUGUGAUGGGUCCAGACUCACCAAUGAAUGUGGGAGUGGCCCGGUACAAUAAUCAUGUCAAGAUACCCAUUGAAGUGAGGCAGCACAAGGAUGUGUUUGGUCUCAUGAAGAGCAUUGAGGCUUUGAAUUUCAGUGGAGGAAGAACUUUGAUAGGGAGAGCCCUGUGGUACAUUGCACAGCAGGGCUUUAGGAGCACCCCAGUCUUCGCAGAUGUACAGGAUUAUCUUCCACGGGUAGUUGUCUUGCCCACUGACUCUCAAGAUCCAAUGGCAGAAGCAGCUAAAUGUGCAAGGGAUCCAGGUAUUUUCCUGAUCGGCGUAGGCGGCAGCUUUCUGACAGCAGAGCUGGCUGAGGUGACUGGCAAUCCAAAGCAGGCAAUCAUCUAUUCCAGCCCCCAGAAUCUGUUAACAAGUCCAGAGCUGCAGAAAAGAAUCUGCAGUGUAGACAAUCCUGAAGGCUACCAGGCUCAGUCCCUCGAUUUGAUGUUUGCAGUUCAUGCUUUGGCUGUAGUUGGCCUGGAGAAUUUCCUACAGCUGGGAGACUUUGUCAGAAGUGGGUCUUUCCACUUCAGCAUCAACUGUGAUAUCACCCAAAUUGGCCUCAUGGUCUAUGGCAGCAAAGCUCACACCAUGUUCGUUUUGGACACUCACACUAACAAUUCAGCUCUUCUCCAAGCUAUUGACCAGCUGCCUUUCCUUGGAGGCUCAGCCUCUGCUGGCAGUGCCUUGCUGCAUAUUUAUGGUGACGUGAUGACUGUGCAGAAAGGAGCAAGGCCUGGUGUCAGCAAGGUGGUGGUGAUGCUCACAAAUGGAGGUGGCAUGGAGGACGCAGCUUCCCCAGCUUGGCAGCUGAGGAACAAUGGCAUCUUGAUGUUUGUGGUUGUCGCUGGAGAUGCACAGAGCGACUUGCUGCUGAGAGUUGCUGCGUCUCCCAACUACUUGGUCCGCAUCUCCUCCUAUGAAGACCUGCAGCAUUAUGAAGACCUUAUCAUCGAAAGAAUCUGUGAAGAAGCAAAAAGCCCUGUGAACCUGCACAAACCCAACCAAUGUAUGAACCAGGGCAUAUGCAUCCUUGGGCCUGGGAGCUACUGGUGCGAAUGUCAUGGACAGGAAGGAUCCCACUGUGAAAGCAGAAUUGUCAGGGGUGAUUCUCCAAGAUCACUAGUCCUUCCUCUGGUCUCCCACGUGCAGCAGAGUCCACAUAGGCUGCAGCACUUCUCCAGAGCUCCCCGCCAUACCGAAAAGUGUGUGGAUUGGAAACACUGA